AUGAACACAGAAUCAACUUCAUCAUCAUUAUUCCCACCCGCUCCACUUCGACCACUCCUAACCACGAUCGCCGCACUCCUCACAGAGCGCAAACAAACAGUCGCAGUAGCUGAAACAGCUGCAGGCGGUCUCAUAUCCGCCUCACUCCUCUCCAUCCCAGGCGCAUCUGUGUAUUACCGUGGAGGACUUACACUAUACACCCUUCCUUCUAGGAUUGCGUAUGCUGGAUGGACGGAGGAGAGUUUGAAGGGUUAUGCCGGACCGACGCCGGAAAUCGUUGCUGGGCUCGCGAAGAACGCUCGUGAGAAGCUUGAUGCGACAUAUGCCAUCGGAGAGUCUGGGACGGCGGGUCCGACUGGUGGCACGACGAGGAACCGUACCCCUGGUUAUGUCGCCCUAGCAAUUGCCUCAGCGGACGGAACCGUAACCAGGGAAGUCGAGACAGGCACUGCAGAGCGAGAUGUCAAUAUGAUCAAGUUUGCAGAAGCAGCGCUCAAGCUCUUCCUGGAGGUGGUGCAGGGCGAAGUAAAGGUCGAGAAAGCAAGUCUGUAA